GCCGCGGCGAUGAUGGUUCACUGUGCGGGCUGCGAGCGGCCCAUUUUGGACAGGUUCUUGCUCAACGUCCUGGACCGGGCCUGGCACAUCAAGUGCGUCCAGUGUUGCGAGUGCAAAUGCAACCUCACCGAGAAAUGUUUCUCCCGGGAAGGCAAGCUGUAUUGUAAGAACGACUUUUUCAGGAGAUUCGGCACCAAGUGCGCCGGGUGCGCGCAAGGCAUCUCCCCGUCGGAUCUGGUGCGGAAAGCUCGGAGCAAAGUCUUCCACCUGAACUGUUUCACGUGCAUGGUGUGCAACAAGCAGCUCUCGACGGGCGAGGAGCUGUACAUCAUCGACGAGAACAAAUUCGUCUGCAAGGACGACUACCUGAGCUCGGCCAGCUUGAAAGAAGGCAGCCUCAAUUCAGUAUCCUCAUGUACCGACCGAAGUUUGUCUCCGGACAUCCCAGAUCCAAUGCAGGAUGACACAAAGGAGACUGACAAUUCAACCUCCUCCGAUAAAGAGACCACAAACAAUGAGAACGAAGAACAGAACUCUGGGACCAAACGGAGAGGACCCCGGACCACCAUCAAAGCCAAGCAGCUGGAGACCCUCAAAGCAGCUUUUGCAGCCACCCCUAAACCCACCAGGCAUAUCCGGGAGCAGCUGGCUCAGGAGACAGGGCUCAACAUGAGAGUCAUUCAGGUGUGGUUCCAGAACCGACGGUCCAAGGAGCGGCGGAUGAAGCAGCUGAGCGCGCUGGGAGCCCGGAGGCACGCGUUCUUCCGGAGUCCCCGACGCAUGCGCCCGCUCGGGGGGCGCUUGGACGAAUCAGAGAUGUUAGGCUCCACCCCUUACACUUACUAUGGAGAUUACCAGGGCGACUACUACGGUCCGGCGGGCAACUACGACUUCUUCCCUCACGGGCCCCCCUCGCAGGCUCAGUCCCCCGCCGAUUCCAGCUUCAUGCCGACCUCUGGGGCCGGCUCUACCCCGCUUGGACCUCUGGAACCCCCUCUCCCCGGCCACCACGCUUCCGAGAACCAAAGGUAUACGGAUAUGAUCUCGCAUCCGGACACGCCCAGCCCGGAGCCCGGCCUCCCCGGCUCGCUGCACCCCAUUCCGGGAGAGGUCUUCAGCGGAGGACCCAGUCCCCCUUUCUCCAUGUCAAGCUACAGCGGGCCUCUCUCGCACCCCAACCAGGAGCUCAACGAAACGGCCGUGUGGUAGAGCGCCCCUAGCGGAGGAGGGCGCGCCUGACCGGCCCCCACCGGACCAAGCAAGCCCUUUUGUCAAAACCCCGGUCCGCUCCGUCGGGGGCGAAACUCCAGAACCAAAAGCGCCACCGUGAUGCCAAAUCGCGCCUCGCCAGACCUCCUUCCGGAGGGGGGCGCUCAAGGACCACGCGCGGCCCACUGCCUGGCCCCCGGUGGGCUCAGUGGGGACGUUUGGACAGGCUCGACGCCCCUCUCCCUUGCAGCGCCCAGAGGUGGCCCGCCUUCUUUGUUCGAGGAACCUCUGGCAGCGAAUCUCUGGAACUCGCCAACUCCUUGGACCAAAGGUUGGACUCGCCUGUUUCAUAGACUGAAGGAUGUGAGAAGGAGAAGGGGGAAGACCCCCGCCCCCCAAUCCAGGAUUGCGUCUUGGGUUUUUGUUUUGCUUUUGUUUUGGGUUUUGUUUUGUUUUUGUUUCUUUGUUUGCUUUCCUAACUCAGAAAAAAAGAGUACCAAUUUAUUUUAAUUAAAAAGGUUUAAUUUGUGUGUGUUCGACGGUGGCAGGAAAGGGACUUUUGGAAAAGGUUAUUCGGAAGAAGGAAGGUUUCAUCGGUGAUACGUCGCCCCCUCGUGGUAAGUGCUGGAACGACUUGCAGGACUUAUUUAAAUAUGUUCGGAGGGACGUGGGCAGUGGUGUUUUUGUUUUAAUUAUUAUUAUUAUUAAUAUUAUUAUAUUAUUAUUAAAGUUAUUAUUAUUUUGGCAGAAUUAUAACCACAGCUACCAAUAAAAAAAACCCUAUGUCACUAGCAAACACCAAUCCGGUCCAAACCUUCCUUGGAGGCAACGCCUGUUUAAGGAUGUAUUAUAGUUUUUUGCUCCUAGUUUCUUUAUUUUGUAUAAAGAAGAAACAAAUAAAGUAUGUUUUUGUGUUUAUUGGUUAUUUAUUGUACCUUAGUAAUCUGAAAUGUCAAUUUACAAUGGA